AUGAAUGAAGUUUUCCAUUCUAACAUCCAAGAGGGCAUCAGGCACUACUAUGAUGACCUUGACUUCAAGAACAUCUUGGACUUUGUGCAACAAAAGUUUUCUUGCUGUGGUGGUGAUGAGUACCGAGACUGGGAGGUGAACCAGUACCACUCCUGCAAUGGCACUGGCCCAUUGGCCUGUGGGGUGCCCUACACCUGCUGUAUCAGGAAGGUCCCUGGAGAAGUCAUUAACACCUUGUGUGGGUACAGGACGCUGGAGAAAGAGCGCCUGGAGCUGCUCAGCAUCAUCCACGUGCGCGGCUGCAUCCACGCCGUGGGGCUCUGGCUCAAGGACAACUUCGAGGCCACUUUGGGCAUGGUUUGCUCCCUGCUGCUUCCACAGGUGGUUGGCCUGGUGAUGGCUUGGCUCUAUUGGCAAGAGCUCAAUGAGAUCUACUCCAAGCUGGACACUGUUGACUUCAAGAUCCUGGAGAUGAGGGAUUUCAGCUUCAGGACGGUGGAUCUGAGCGGCGCAGGCUGGUGCUGGUGCCUGCCCAGGGAAGGAGGUUACAUCCCUGUCAAUGCUAGGGAUGAGGAAGAGGAGGAGGAGGAGGAGGAGGAAGGCACCAUCAGCCACAGCAAAGUGUGA